AAAAAUAAACAAAGUGCUGGUUAUUCGUAGAAAAGUAAUUUAAAAUGAUGCCUUAUUAUAAACCUGUAAAACAAAUUAAUAAAACUAUUCUAACAAACUUGUAAAAAGUAUGUGUCAAAUGAGGCCAAUGAGAAAAUCAUCAGUUCUUCUGAACAGUCAAAUUAUUAAAACAUCUGACCAAACAUAAAAGGAGAACAAAUUCCUUAUGGAGUUCUUCCGCUCAUGAGUAUAAAAACGUUACCAACCAGAUUAUUCAGCAGUUCCUUCAACACCACAGUCAUGGAGCAAACAUACAAACGAGCAAAUGAAUUCCGCCACAGACUCUACAAAAUAUUUGGACAAGGUGGAUACAGUUUUGAAAACUACAACGUUCUUAAUCUGUGUCUGGGACUUCUGAACGUUGUGUUACUCAUAGUUGCUGUUGCUCUUAGUGCAAACUGUGCCAAAAUCAAAAAGGACUCCCUUCAGGUUUAUCACUCUGCAGCCUUACAGCUGUUCAGCAAGCUGAACGAUCUCUGUAGCAACCAGAGCACUGGGAUUGAAGCUGAAGGGACAAUGCAAAAUUAUACAAAAGUAAAGGAGCAAGUUCAUCAGCUGAAUCUUAUCAAUGAUGGUUACCAGAGACAGCUUAAAGCUCUGCAAGCAGAGAAUACCAACCUACUGGCCAACUUGUCAGCUCUAGGUACAUCUUGUAGCAGAUGUUCUUCUGGGUGGACUCAUUUCAACUCAUCCUGCUACUACUUUUCUCCGUAUGAGAAGAAGACCUGGAGAGACAGCAGAGCAGACUGCAUCAGACGUGGUUCUGAUCUUGUUGUGAUUGAUAAUCAGCAGGAACAGAUGUUUGUGAGUCACACCAUUGAAAUGAUGAAACUCAUUAAUACUGAUGUCUGGAAUAAUGGAUUCUGGAUCGGCCUCACUGACAUGAAUGUUGAAGGAACAUGGGAGUGGAUCAAUAAUGUCACAGAGGUCGAGCCUAGGUACUGGAUAGACGGGGAGCCAAAUGACUACCAUGUAGGAGAAGACUGUGCAGUUGCAGUUUAUAGUGCCGAUAAUCCGUGGAAGACGCGCUAUGAUGGCGGCUGCCAGAGACAUAACAUCCGCUGGAUAUGUGAAAUAAAUGCAACAGUAAUGGAGAGGGCAGGACACCAAGGCUGUGGCUCUGACUGUGACACACUGGUUAGUCAAGAGGUUAGUGAUGAUGAAGACCUGAAGACUUGCAACCAAUUUAACCAAAGCAAACUGCAAGUGUUUUUGUUCCGUGUGAGUUCAUGGAGACGUGGCAGACUGGCUGCACUAAUCCUGGUGGUUCUUGCUGGUGUUCUACUUAUAGCUGAUAUCAGCCUGGGCGUGCGCUACAACAACCUCAAAGAUGCCCACCUCACUCUUGAACAUGCAGAACGCAUCAGUAAAGCGAUGGAUGAACUCCAAAAACCUCAAAAGAGCGCCGUCAAACCCACGAUGGGUUCCCACAAGCAGCCAGACAUCGAUAUGCAGGACCAACAGGAGACCAUCUGGGAACUGGAGCACCAGACCAAAUCAAGCAAAGCUUACCGAGUGCAGAUUGAGGAAAUGACCAAGAACAAUGAAUACCUGAAAUCACACUUACCAAUGACUGCUGGUGGCUGCGGGCGCUGUCCUUCAGGAUGGAUCUUGAUGAACUCAGCCUGCUACUUUUUCCACUUUUCUGAUGCUGCUGGACUCAAAUCAUGGAACAAAGCGAGGAUGUUCUGCCAAAUGUAUGGAGGAGACCUUGUAGUUAUAGACAGCAAAGACAAGCAGAAAGCAAUUGUAAAUCACUUGGUACAUUAUGUUGAGCCCUCAAAAGUCCAUAUAGGCUUCUGGUUUGGACUGAGCGAUUCACACAUCGAAGGAACUUGGAAAUGGUUGGAUGGAACCAGUCUUGUUGAAGGGUUCUGGAUGGAUGGAGAACCAAAUGACACCAACAACGAGGACUGUGCAUCAGUGUAUGCCAAAAAGAACUUCUUCAAGGCUUGGAACGAUUUAACGUGUGAACAUGAACAAAAAUGGAUUUGUGAGAAAGCACCAACCUCUGAGAGUUGAGCUUUUUUUUUUUUUUUUGAUACAACAAAUAAUUUCCCUUGUAAUUACUUUAGUUUGUUUUAGUCACUCAACUGUGUAGCUACAGCGAAUACCUGCAGAGAAAAAAGUUUCAACUCAGUGUCAAUAGUGUUCAUUCAUAGCUUGUCCUGCUGAUGUUGUGUCUACCACUAGAGGGCAGUACUGAAUAGAAGAAAGAGGUAAGAGAGAGAGAAGUGCUAAGAGGAGUUAAGAUGGAUGCCUCAUAUUGCUACAUGUGAUGCAGGUUCGAAUAAAGCUUGGAAAAGGAAAUCUUGCUGAUUCGGGCCACUUUCAGAUUUAACGGCUGAUCAUAACACAUUGCAGAUCAGAGGAAUUUAUAAAUUAACAUCCAAGUUUUUUAUAUCUGUGUUUUAAACCUGCGAAAACAAUUUAUUUUAAAGCUUGAAGAUAACGGCAAUUAAUUAGGACCAAAAUGGUGAUGUAGAAAUAUUCAAAUGUGCAUGCACUUUUUCAUUUAUGUCUAUUUCUGAAUCAACAUUUUAAAAACUGUAAAGUAGCCAAAAGUACAAAAAAUAAAUGAAAGGAGCAAA